UACAGAUAUAAGGUUUUGAUUGGUGUUCUUCCAAAUAAUUUUCUUUUUAUUUAUCAUGUCACUGUGUCAAUUAUAAUAGUAGUUUAAUCUUUGAUUCUUUCUUUUCUUUGGAUUCAGACAUGUUCUGUUUAAGAACUCUGUCUUUUUCAAAAUUAAUUCCUUCUAUUCAUGGAUCAAACCAUCUUAAUCCAGGUAGAUUUCAAUCGAUAUUGACAAAUAUCAGGAACUAUUCCAGUCGAAAAAAUGAUAUUUCAUUUAAAACCAGAUCAACAGUAUACUAUAUUGCAGGGGUAGGAAUUCUCUGUGUGGGAAUGUCCUAUGCUGCAGUACCAUUGUACAGAAUAUUUUGCCAGGCCUACAGUUAUGGUGGAACGACUGGGGUCGCUGAUUCAUCUGUUAUUGAGAAUAUGAAGAAGCUUGAAGACAGAAUAAUUAAAAUAAAAUUUAAUGCUGAUACAGCUUCUAGCAUGAGGUGGAACUUCAAACCUCAGCAAAGUGAAAUUACUGUGAUUCCAGGGGAAACUGCUUUAGCAUUCUACACUGCUAGGAACCCUACAGACCACCCAGUUACCGGUAUAAGCACGUAUAAUGUAUUACCAUUUGAAGCAGGAAAGUAUUUCAAUAAGAUCCAAUGUUUCUGUUUUGAAGAACAAUUGUUGAACCCUCGCGAAGAAGUUGAUAUGCCUGUUUUUUUCUACAUUGAUCCAGAAUUUGCUGAAGAUCCCAAAUUGGAAUAUAUAGAUUCAAUCACACUGUCCUAUACAUUCUUUGAAGCAAAAGAAGGACUCAAAUUGCCUAUGCCAUCCUAUGUUAAACCUCAUAGUGCUCCUGCUGUGAUGUAAUCAGUUUUUACUUUUUGUGAACUGAUUCUGUUUUAAAUGAUUAUAUAUUUAUUUUUUGUUUGUAAAUAAUGUUUUUAAAAUUGUAAAAUAGUAAAUUUGUAAAUAACUAUAAAAUAGAAAUAAAAUUUUAUUCAUUAUCAA